CUCCGCCCCGCAACCUGUGCGGGAUUCUGUGUGGCCCUGUACGGUAGGCAACAUGAGACUGGAAGCGAUCCGCUACUCGCCGGGCUCGCUGCAGAUCCUCGACCAGCUGCAGCUGCCGGAGCACUGCCACUAUGAGACGCUGAGCUCCGUGCAGCAGGCCAGGGAAGCGAUCCGCGCCAUGAAGGUGCGCGGCGCUCCCGCCAUCGCGCUGGUGGGUUGCCUCAGCCUGGCUGUAGAGCUGCAGGCGGGUGCGGGCGGUCCGGGGCUCGCCGCUCUGGUGGCCUUCGUGCGAGACCAGCUGAGCCUCCUUGUCGCCGCCCGGCCCACAGCUGUCAACAUGGCCCGCGCCGCCCGCGAUCUGACUCACAUGGCGGCCCGAGAGGCGGAACUAGAGGGUGCUACUGAAGAGACCGUGCGGGAAAGAGUGAUCCGCUUUGCCGAGGACAUGUUGGAGAAAGACCUCAAAGAUAACCGGAGCAUUGGCGACUUGGGAGCCCGCCAUCUCCUAGAGCAGACCAACCCCAGGGGUGGCAAGGUGACUGUGCUGACCCACUGUAACACCGGUGCUCUGGCCACUGCCGGCUACGGUACAGCAUUAGGUGUGAUCCGCUCACUGCACGAGAUGGGUCGACUGGAGCAUACCUUCUGCACGGAAACCCGGCCCUACAACCAGGGAGCACGGCUGACAGCCUUCGAGCUGGUGUACGAGAAGAUCCCUGCGACUCUCAUCACUGACAGUAUGGCCGCUGCAGCCAUGGUACACCAGGGUGUGUCAGCUGUGGUGGUGGGAGCUGAUCGUGUUGUUGCCAACGGAGACACAGCCAACAAGAUAGGCACCUACCAGCUGGCCAUCGUCGCCAAGCACCACGGUAUCCCCUUCUAUGUGGCUGCCCCCAGUUCAUCCUGUGACCUCCGUCUGGAGACUGGAAAGGAGAUUGUCAUAGAGGAACGCCCCAGCCAGGAGCUGACUGACCUGAAUGGAGUCAGGAUUGCUGCACAGGGAAUCCGGGUUUGGAAUCCUGCCUUUGAUGUCACCCCCCACGAACUCAUCACAGGCGGCAUCAUCACUGAGCUGGGUGUCUUUGCCCCUGAGGAGCUCCGUGCAGCCCUAAGCGCCACCAUCUUCUCAGAGGGACAGACCCUAGAUAGUCCCCAGAUGUGACUAGCUGGCUUCCCCUGCCCUGCCUUCUUCUGGUUUUAUAAUAAAGUUCUCAAAUGGCUACUCAAAGUUCAUCUUCACCCACAGUCCCCUCCUCCAGCUGCAGGAGCAGCUAUGGUUUGCCAGGCUCCUCCUUUGAAUGAUCUAUGCAUGGGGCAAAAGCCAGAUGUGGGAGUCAUACACCUAUCAUCCCAGCGCCUGGGAGGCUGAGGCAGGAAGAUUUCUUUGAAGCUUAGGCUACUCCGGGUUAUAGAUUGAAACAAACACAAGUAGAGGUAAUCAGGAGGGUCUCUUAGUUACAUUCGAAGAGUUUUUGUCAUUUCUGUUCUGUUUUUCUAGACAGGAUUUCUCUGUGUGGCCCUGGCUAUCCUGGAAAAAUCUGUGGACCAGGCUGGUCUCAAAAUCAGAGAUCCUCCUGCCUCUGCCUCCCGAGUGCUGGGAUUAAAGACGUGCACCACCGCU